CGACGGCUCCGAAGACAACAACACCCUUCGACUUCUCCCUCCCUCUCUACUUCCGACAGCAACGUUGUACGCCCAUGUUCACGCAUCCCGCAUUCCAUUUUCGGCAUUUUCUCCUACGUUUCUUCGCUGUAUAUAACGCGAUAUCUUUCCUCUUUCCGAGGUCGCAGUUCUCCAGUUUUUCCUCCCCGUCUCGUCCAAAAGUUUUCUUGAACUUGAAUUUCGAGUUGUGGUCAGUGGAUGAUGGGUCCUUUGGCGCUGGUAUUCGACACGAAGAGAGCUUCGCAAGCUCCUUUAGAUCUGCUCAUGAUGAAACCUCAGAACUUGCAUCAGGAAGCGACAAAGUUCUUUGGCACAGGAGAAGAAAAACCCUUAGACUUUUUUCGUACUUUUUUUGAUGGAGUUAUGGCAGGAGGUACUGCUGGUGUUGUUGUUGAAACAGCUUUAUACCCCAUCGACACAAUAAAAACGAGGCUGCAGGCAGCUCGCGGCGGGGGAAAAAUUAAUUUUAAUGGCUUAUAUUCUGGGUUGGCUGGAAAUCUUGCUGGUGUAUUACCGGCUUCUGCUCUAUUUGUCGGUGUUUAUGAGCCCGCAAAACAGAAACUGCUAAGGAUGUUUCCUGAGAAUCUCAGCGCUCUUGCUCAUUUGACUGCUGGUGCCUUAGGGGGAGUGGCUGCUUCUCUUAUUCGUGUUCCGACAGAGGUUGUUAAGCAAAGAAUGCAAACCAGGCAGUUUAAUUCCGCCCCUGAUGCUGUCCGCCUUAUUGUCUCUAAAGAAGGUUUUAAAGGUCUUUAUGCGGGUUAUGGAUCAUUCUUGUUGCGGGAUUUGCCAUUUGAUGCAAUCCAAUUCUGCAUCUAUGAGCAACUUCGGCUUGGUUAUAAAGCAGCAGCACGUAGAGAACUGAAUGAUCCAGAGAAUGCCAUAAUUGGAGCUUUUGCAGGGGCACUGACUGGAGCAAUAACCACUCCACUUGAUGUAAUCAAGACGAGGCUAAUGACUCAGGGACCAGCAAACCAGUACCAAGGGAUAUUUGAUUGUGUUCAAACUAUUGUGAGGGAAGAGGGUCCGUCAGCUCUUCUCAAGGGAAUUGAGCCGAGGGUACUAUGGAUCGGCAUUGGUGGGUCGAUAUUCUUUGGCGUCCUAGAGAGCACUAAGCGGUUCCUUUCUAAAAGACAUCCUCCUCCGCCUCCACAUCCCAAGAAAGAUCCAACUAGCUGAAAGUCAGUUUGGCACUCACAUUGUGGUCAAAAUCGUUCAUGUUGAACAGUUCCGGUCUUCAUGCUUCGUUAUCCACACGAGGUUUGCCCAGAAAUCUGCAUCAACUAGCCUGUAGUGGAAGAUAGAGAAGUGUUAAGGGAAAGUUGCCCCCGUUGACUUGGUGCAACUGCUUAAUAUGUCCUUAGGUCGCUUAUGCGGGUUUCGACAAUGAAUGCUUUAGCUUUACCAAAUAGUGAAUAUCAAAAGGGAAAAAGGAAAAACAGAACGUUUCUUGACUGAUGCAUAGCUUGUUUACAUUCA